AUGCCAACGGGAGGCUGCAGAAGCGCUGCAGGCACAACUCAGGAAGGGAUCCCCUGGCUUCGCCCACGUCACCCAUGUCCGCGGAUCCCAGCGGGCGCCACGGGGAGGGAAAAGCACGGUGUUUCACCAGUGGCUUGGCACGUUCCCCAGGAGCGGCGUCCUGCGGCGCCCCGCGUUGCCAUGGAGCAGCAGCCACAGCAACAAGCUGCAGCUGCAGCCGGCGGUGGGGUGCGGGGGGCCAUGGGUCCCCGGGAGCUGCAGCGCCUGGAGGUGGUGGGGCAGAUCAGGGAGCCAGCUUUCCACGUGGCCAAGCGCACGGCGGAGGCUCUGAAGCUGAAGUUUCCGAGCAAGUUUGCAGACCCCACAGUACUUCCUCUGUUUGAGUUUGCCUGGCAUCAAUAUUUACAGGAGAAAAAGAAGGAGCUGCGAGGGGAGAUGUGGGCGUACGGGGCACCGGUGAUGUGCUUCGUGGGCGGCCAGCUGCUGGGCGACGAGCAGCAGCUGCUCCACUGGGCCCACCACAAGUGGGACCACCGCGAUUUUGCAUCCCCGGCACUUUACCAGGCUAUCACGGAGGACUUCUGCACCAAGCACAUGAAAAAUAGCCAGCAUGUGUUUGUGUACUUGGAUAUAGCUGUUCAGGAACAGCCCAUUGGAAGACUCUUAUUUGAGCUCUUCUCUGAUGCGUGUCCCAAAACGUGCGAGAAUUUCCGCGUGUUGUGCACCGGGGGCUGGAGGUCGUCUUCCAGCGGUCUCAAGCUCGCCUACAGAAAUUCCAUUUUUCAUCGAAUUGUAAAAAAUGGAUGGAUCCAAGGAGGAGACAUAGUAGCUGGAAGAGGAGACGGAGGAGAAUCAAUUUAUGGUCCCACCUUUGAAGAUGAAAACUUCUCCAUCCGUCACAACAAAAGAGGGAUCCUGGGCAUGGCCAACAAGGGCCGCCACAGCAAUGGCUCGCAGUUCUACAUCACUCUCCAGCCAGCUCCCUACCUGGACAAAAAACACGUGGCUUUUGGGCAACUGAUUGAAGGCACGGAGACUCUUCAGAAACUGGAAGCCGUGUCCACGUACAACGAAAGGCCUGUUGAAGAAUGUAAGAUUAUUAACUGUGGGGCCUUUGAACCAUGAUUACAAGCCAGUUUUCCUUCAUGUGGAAAGGUAGAUUGCUAUUUUCCGGUCUGUUUUUUAUGGAGUUUGAAGGCUUUUACUUAGCAAGUCAAAAAUAAAAGCACUUCUUGCACAUGUGAA